AUGGCCACGCGCCGCAGCAGCACGGGCGGCUCCCACGUCUCCUCCCUCCUCGUCCUUCUCUUCCUCGCCUCCGCCUCGUCCUUCCUCCUCGGCGCCCGCGCCAAAGGCCCCGUCGUGGACGUCAAGGCGUCCUGCGCCAAGACGGACGGCCCGAUCACCUGCAACUCCUUCCUCGGGCCCGAGCCGGACACCAAGACGGCGGACGCGCGCGGGCUGGCGGAGAUCGCCAUGAGGGUCACCGCCAAGCUCGGCGGCUUGGUGGGGGCCUACGCGCGCCGCGAGCUGGACCUGGUCAAGGACAACCCGACGUGGCAGUGCCUGGACGAGUGCGCCGAGGACAUCGAGGACGCGCUGUCGCACCUGGACGACGCCCUGGGCGGCGUCAACGACGCCCAGUUCGACCAGGUCCGCCAGUACAUCGACCUCUCCGAGCAGGACACAUGGUCCUGCGACGAGACCUGCCGGGAGACGCCGCCCAGCCCGGUCAAGACCGAGCUGCUCCGCAAGAACCUCGAGUUCGAGAGGAUGAUGAACGUUACCCGCCAGCUCAUCAAGCUCGCCGACGGGGGCGCCUCGCCGGUGCCGCCGAAACCCGCUAUUCUGCCAUGAGCUAGUUGCAUAAUUCACACUACCGAUAUACCAUUCAUGAUGAGCAUAUCUAUAUAUGUACGCACCCACUACGAGUGUUACAUACUACUCCGUCUUAGCUAUAUAUAGGUUGUAAUAAUUGUACGUAGUACUUGUUUUAUUCUGCAAAAAUGUCUCUUACCAAUAAAUUAAACUGGUUGGCGAAUAGCU